AUGGAUGCUACUCAAGUAGCUAAUGAUGUUGAAGUUCCUAUUGCGGAUGCCAUUUUUCUCAAUAAUUUAUGGGAUAAUUUAGCAGAAUUAGGUGAGAAGCCUAUUCCAAAUGAAGAUGUCUUUACUUCAGCGAUCUCCAAUCUCAAGAAGAAUCAGUUUGCUAGAAAAAAUUGGUAUGUCCCUCCUUUGUGUCUUAACGAUGAUGCACCGACUAUGCUUGAUGAUCAAACUGUUAGCAACAUUAUGGUAAAUGGUCUUUGGGAUCUUGCUAAGUCCUCCACCAACAUUCCCCUCUUUAUCCAGCAACUUCAGUAG